GGUCUUUACUGGGUGUAUUUGAAGAAGAUGCUACAGCUAUUUCCAACUAUAUGAACCAGUUGUAUCAAGCUAUGCAUCGGAUUUAUGAUGCACAGAAUGAAUUAAGUGCAGCAACACACCUGACUUCAAAACUUUUAAAAGAAUAUGAAAAACAGCGCUUUCCAUUAGGGGGUGAUGAUGAGGUUAUGAGCUCUACUUUGCAACAGUUUUCAAAAGUUAUAGAUGAGCUUAGCUCUUGUCAUGCAGUACUUUCAACACAACUUGCUGAUGCCAUGAUGUUCCCCAUUACUCAAUUUAAAGAAAGAGAUCUGAAAGAAAUAUUGACAUUAAAGGAAGUGUUUCAGAUUGCUAGUAAUGAUCAUGAUGCUGCAAUUAACAGAUAUAGCCGAUUAUCAAAAAAAAGAGAAAAUGAUAAGGUGAAGUAUGAAGUCAUAGAGGAUGUCUACACUUCCAGAAAAAAACAACACCAGACCAUGAUGCAUUAUUUUUGUGCAUUAAAUACUCUUCAGUACAAAAAGAAAAUAGCACUGUUAGAACCUCUACUUGGGUACAUGCAAGCUCAGAUAAAUUUCUUUAAGAUGGGUUCUGAAAAUCUCAAUGAGCAACUGGAAGAAUUUUUAACUAAUAUUGGAACAAGUGUGCAGAAUGUUCGCAGGGAAAUGGACAAUGAUGUAGAGACCAUGCAGCAGACAAUAGAGGAUUUGGAAGUAGCUAGCGAUCCCUUAUAUUUGCCUGACCCAGAUCCCACAAAAUUUCCUGUUAAUCGAAACUUAACCCGAAAGGCUGGAUACCUUAAUGCUAGGAAUAAAACGGGUUUGGUGUCAUCUACCUGGGACAGGCAGUUUUACUUCACACAGGGUGGAAACCUAAUGAGUCAAGCCCGUGGGGAUGUAGCAGGAGGCCUGGCCAUGGAUAUAGAUAACUGUUCAGUGAUGGCGGUGGACUGUGAAGACAGGCGAUACUGUUUUCAGAUUACUUCUUUUGAUGGAAAAAAAUCUUCGAUUUUGCAAGCAGAGAGUAAAAAAGACCAUGAAGAGUGGAUCUGUACUAUAAACAACAUAUCUAAACAAAUAUAUUUAAGUGAAAAUCCAGAGGAAAUUGCUGCACGAGUAAAUCAGUCAGCUUUGGAAGCUGUCACUCCCUCUCCAUCUUUCCAGCAGAGGCAUGAGAGCCUGCGGCCAGCAGGACAGUCUCGGCCACUGACAGCUCGAACCAGCAGUUCGGGAUCCUUAGGAUCUGAAUCUACAAAUUUGGCUGCCCUCUCUUUAGACUCUCUUGUUGCCCCAGAUACCCCAAUACAGUUUGAUAUUAUUUCUCCUGUGUCUGAAGAUCAGCCUGGCCAAGCAAAAGCCUCUGGCCAAGGAGGCAGGCGUACCAAUCCUUUUGGAGAAUCUGGAGGAGGUACAAAAUCUGAAACUGAAGAUUCUAUUCUUCAUCAGUUAUUUAUUGUCCGAUUCCUUGGUUCUAUGGAGGUAAAAUCAGAUGACAAUCCAGAUGUUGUUUAUGAGACGAUGCGCCAAAUCUUAGCUGCCCGGGCCAUCCAUAACAUCUUUCGAAUGACAGAAUCACAUUUAUUAGUCACUUGUGAUUGUUUAAAGUUAAUUGAUCCACAGACUCAAGUUACAAGACUGACGUUUCCAUUACCCAGUGUAGUUCUGUAUGCUACACACCAGGAAAAUAAAAGGCUUUUUGGAUUUGUUCUUCAGACUUCAGGAGGAAGAAGUGAAAGUAACCUGUCCUCAGUCUGCUAUAUAUUUGAAUCAAACAAUGAGGGGGAAAAGAUUUGUGAUUCUGUUGGACUGGCAAAACAGAUAGCUUUGCAUGCAGAACUGGAUCGUAGGGCAUCAGAAAAACAAAAAGAAAUAGAGAGAGUAAAAGAGAAGCAACAGAAAGAACUCAGUAAACAGAAACAAAUUGAAAAGGACUUAGAAGAACAAAGUCGGUUGAUAGCAGCUUCCAGUAGACCAAACCAAGCCAGUAGUGAGGGGCAGUUUGUUAUCCUUAGCAGUAGCCAGUCCGAAGAGAGUGAUUUGGGGGAAGAAGGAAAGAAGAGAGAGUCAGAAGCAUAAACUUCUUGCAUUUUGGUUAAUAUACCCCCCCCUUGGAAUUUAUUGACAAUUUCUGUGGUGAAAUGGCACAAGGUAACAACUAUGUUGAAAUAUCAAGGAGGAGACUAAAGUGUAUGUUUGUUUUAGCUUCAUUUUUUUAAAGUAAGAUUGACCUUGAUGACUUAGGUUUGCGUUAUUUUUCCUUAAAAAUAAUGUACUAUGCAGUAACAUCAAAUUAUACAUGUCUAAGAGAAACCUGUUGCUCUUCCUGAUGUAGAUUGCUAAGGAAUUACACACUGGCUUUUUUCCUUUAAUUGUGAAUUUAUCUUGCAUUGUAAUUGGCUAUGACCAAUAAGAAAUCAUUUAUUCAGCUUAAGGUAAUUCAUGGUUAUGCUUCCUCUCUUUCACUAGAAACAUUUUGCUGGCUGUGAGGAAAUUUUCAAUUGCACAUGUUCAAAAUCCUUUAUACAGAGAAUUCUACAAGUUUGCAAAUAUUUUAACAAUAUUAAAUGUGCAAUAGAACUUUUAUAAAAUAGAGAUUUUAAACUUAAGAUUUCAAAUUGUGGCAGAUAGUAUUGGUGACAUCAGGGCAUUUUCUUGGAGCGCUCACAUUUUUCUGAUGUUCUACACCUGAUUCUGGUGGGAAAGAAGCUUAAGUGUCUUCAGGAAAGAAGCUUAAGUGUCUUCAGUUCAAGAUUGAUACAGUGCUUGGUUCUAUUAUCAUGUUCUUAGUUCUCAGGUUGGGACUUGAAUUAUUGCUGCAGAGCAGUAAUGGUUAAAAUAAGAUUUUGGAACUUAUUAAAAGGGAUUUUCUUUUUUUUUUUUGCUCAAAUACAUUUUACAUCAGGACUUAACAUGUAAAGAUAUUGUUA